UAAUGGGAAAGCCAACAUAUUGCCAAUUUAACACUUCCUUUUCUUCCUCAACAAUUCAUUUCUCCCAACUUUUUUUUCUUUCAUUUUCUCUUUAUUAAUUGUGUCUUACAAAACAAGUGAUGGACUAAUCUCUCUCUCUCUCUCUCUCUCUCUCUCUCUCUCUCUCUCUCUCUCUCUCAUCAAGUGUUCAUACGAUGAAGAGGCUGCUGGUUUUGAUGGAGAAAUCGCGGGUUGCCGGAAGGUGCCAUAAUCAACCCUGGUUUUUCCUCCUAAUUGCUUCAUUUCUUUUAGUCUUCGUGUUGCUUUUAUCCGACUAUUCGGCUCUAAGCGCCGGAAGAAAUACUCAACAGGUCACCUAUUUUAUCACCAACUUUGCAAACGUAAUAGUCAACCAAGAUAAUUCUACCUCUCUUCCUUAUCAUGAUCAUUCUACUCCAAUAUCAUCCAAUCAAACCGAGAUUUGGCUCACGCUUAAUGUCACGAAUUCGAGUACUAGUAACGCUAUUCCUGCACAGUUUUUUGGUCAUGGCAGAGAGGAAAAUCAUAGCGUUAAGUCUGUUGUCAUUAGUAAGUCACCACCAGCACAACCGAUAUCUCCACCACCAGUACAAUCGAUAUCUUCACCACCAGUACAAUCGAUAUCUUCACCACCAGCACAACCGAUAUCUAAUGAGAUUGGGAAGAAUAACUCUGAUGCUGAUUCGUGCUCCGGUCGAUAUAUUUAUGUUUAUGAUCUUCCUAAGAGGUUCAACCAGGACUUGCUCAAGAAUUGCCAUUCACUCGUGAGAUGGAAUGAUAUGUGCUCCCACUUGUCAAACAUGGGACUUGGUCCAAGAAUUCACAAUUCUAAAGGAAAACUGGUGGGAAAUGGUUGGUUUGCUACAAACCAGUUUUCAUUGGAAGUUAUUUUUCAUAACAGGAUGAAGAAGUACAGGUGUUUAACCAAUGAUUCGUCGUUGGCCUCUGCGAUAUUUGUACCCUUUUAUGCCGGCCUUGAUGUGGGACGAUACCUCUGGGACUACAACACAUCGGUGAGAGAUGCAUCUCCUCUUGAAUUGGUGAAGUGGCUUUCGCGUAGGCCCGAAUGGAAAGCAAUGUGGGGGAGAGACCAUUUCUUAGUUGGAGGGAGGAUUGCUUGGGAUUUCAGGAGGCUGACAGACAACAACUCCGAUUGGGGUUCCAAGCUUAUGUUUUUGCCCGAAUCCAAGAACAUGACAUUGUUGUCUAUCGAAUCGGGCUCCUGGAACAAUGAGCAGGCAAUACCAUACCCAACAUACUUCCAUCCCUCAAAGGACAGUGAGGUGUUCGAGUGGCAGAGAAGAAUGAGAAACCGAAAAAGGCGGUACCUCUUCUCUUUCGCUGGUGCACCAAGGUCCGAUUCGAAAGACAAUAUUCGGGAUACGAUUAUAAACCAAUGCCGGUCUUCGGCCACAUGCAAACUUGUAAGCUGCUACAAUGGUGCAAAAAAGUGCGACGACCCUCUAAACGUAAUGAAGGUGUUUGAAGCAUCAGUUUUUUGCCUGCAGCCUUCGGGAGACUCGUACACGCGUCGAUCAACGUUUGAUUCCAUCUUGGCAGGCUGCAUUCCAGUUUUCUUCCAUCCGGGUUCCGCCUACGUGCAAUACUUGUGGCAUUUCCCCAACACCCCAUCUAAAUACUCCGUGUUCAUAUCCGAAAACGAUAUCAAGGAUCAAAAGGCGAUCAUCAACGAGACGCUGCUUCGAAUUCCGAAGCAUCAAGUGGUAGCAAUGAGAAAGGAAGUUGUAAGAUUGAUUCCGAGAGUGAUAUAUGCAAAUCCAAUGGCACCAAGACUGGAGACAGUUGAAGAUGCAUUUGACAUAGCGGUUAAAGGAAUGCUUGACAAGGUAGAGAAAAUUAGGAGGGACAUGAAAGAGGGCAAGGAUCCUGGCGUUGCUUUUUCAGAACUAAACGGUAGAAAAUUUGAUAUGCCUGCAGGUUAACUUUUUCCAUUUUUUUUUUUUUUUUGUAAUGUGUCCUUCAUUGCAAUGUAAAUAUGUAAAGAUUUCUUUGUGGAUUAUGGAAUUUUUUUUUUAUUAAGAUGCUUUCUCAAACAUUAUUUGUUAGAAAAUUUGGUUUUGGCCAAUAAUUUUUGUGAAACUUUAGG